AUGGCGUCCCCGGCCGUCAAGAAAGCGAUCACCGAGGCCGCCUUGCAGUACACAAAGCCCGAGGGCAAGGUCUUUGAGUAUGGCACUGCAGGAUUCCGCAUGAAAGCCGACCUGCUCAACACCGUUGUAUUUGCAGUGGGCUUGCUUGCAAGCCUGAGAUCCAAGAAGCUCAGCGGACAAUGGAUUGGUGUUAUGGUUACCGCCAGUCACAACCCCGCGGAGGACAAUGGUGUCAAGUUGGUUGAUCCCAUGGGUGAGAUGCUGGAAGCCGAAUGGGAGGAGUAUGCGACAAGACUGGCAAAUGCUCCACUGGAUAAGAUCGCCGAUGUCUAUGAUGAUCUUGUCAAGGAGAUUGACGUGAAGAUGUCGAACCCCGCCCGUGUCGUCUUCGCUCGUGAUACCCGCGCUUCUGGCUCCCGCCUGGUGAGUGUCCUGAACGCUGCGCUUACCGCAACAGAGGUCGAAUUCAUCGACUUUAAAUAUAUGACCACUCCCCAGCUUCACUAUGUUGUUCGUUGCAAGAACACUCUUGGCACACAAUACGAGUAUGGCGAGCCCACCGAGCAGGGAUACUAUGAGAAGCUCGCCAACUCCUUCAAGAAGGUUAUGCGAGGAGUCAAGGUCCAGGGUUCUUUGACUGUCGACUGCGCCAACGGUGUCGGUGGACCUAAGUUGAGGGAACUGAUGAAGUUCCUCUCUGGAAUUGAUAUCAAGGUUGUUAACGACGAUGUGAUCAACCCUGACGCACUGAACUUCGAUUGUGGUGCCGAUUACGUUAAGACCAAGCAACGCGCCCCUCCUUCUUCUAAGGCUGCCGUGCUUGAUCGAUGCGCUUCCCUUGACGGUGAUGCCGAUCGCCUGGUUUACUACUUCCAGGAUGAGAGCAACGUGUUUCGUCUCCUCGAUGGUGACCGCAUUGCGACGCUUGCUGCCUCUUUCAUUGGAGAUCUUGCCCGUAGUGCCGGAAUCGCCUCGAAGCUCAAGAUUGGUGUUGUCCAGACCGCCUAUGCUAACGGCGCUAGCACCGAUUACAUUGAGAAGGUUCUCAAGCUUCCCAUUAUCUGCACUAACACUGGUGUGAAGCACCUUCACCACGCCGCAUUGCGGUUCGAUGUUGGUGUGUACUUCGAGGCCAACGGACACGGUACUGUCACCUUCUCCGAGAAUGCCCUGAAGGUCAUCAAGAACACCGAGCCCCAAUCACCCGCUCAGCAGCACGCCCUGGAGAGCCUCCAGGCUCUGACUGACCUGAUUAACCAGGCUGUCGGUGAUGCUUUGUCCGAUGCGCUUCUUGUGGAGGCCAUCCUCGCCCACAAGGGCUGGUCCCCCAAGGAGUGGCUUGGAACCUACACUGAUCUUCCCUCGCGCCUUGUGCGUGUUGAGGUCAACGACCGUUCCAUCUUCAAGGCAUAUGACGCCGAGCGUAAGCUCGAGUCUCCUGCCGGUCUGCAGACCGUUAUUGAGUCUCUGCAGUCCCGCUACAACAAGGGCCGCAGCUUCGCCCGUGCCAGUGGUACUGAGGAUGCCGUCCGAGUCUACGCCGAGGCGGCCAGCCGCUCCGAGGCCGAUGACCUCGCUACUCGCGUUGCCAACGCUGUUAGCGAGGCAGGCAGUGCCUAA